CUGCCUUGCUGUUGUUGCGGAGAGGUGUCUGUUUUGUAGAAUAAAUCAUCAGCCUAGUUAUUGAUCCGGAAAACCGAAUCUGGGAAUAUCUUUCUAACUUUACCGAAUUUCGACUCCCGAUGCAGGUGAUAUUAUGUCAAGAACGGCUCGUUUGGCACGACACAACUGUUGAAAUAUAUCUUUGUGAAGAUGCUGACUUUCAGCCUUCAGUGUCCCAACUCUGACCAUCCUACGUCUCCAUAGAAUGAUGUUCAGCUCCAGAGAAGUUUACUCCUGCCUUUAAGAAUGAUUUUAAGAAGACAAGCUUGGACAGCAACAUCUAUACUGCUGAUUCUUCUAAUGAGAGACUUCAGAGUUCAUACCAUCUCAUGUCAUCUAACAGAGUACAAGAUAGGAAAUGAAUGCUGUCCAAUGUGCCCUGCAGGCAGCCGGGUAAAGACAGACUGCACAGAGUUCAAAAGUACAUCCUGUCUGCCCUGCACUGCUGGGACUUAUAUGGAUUCACCAAAUGGACUAAAGAGAUGCAAUCCCUGUUCUACAUGUGAUUCAGGAGUUGGUCUGAAGGAAAAGCGAGGAUGUACAUUAUCUACAGACACAGUUUGUGAACCAAUGGAGGGAUUCUUCUGUAGAGACCCUAAACCAGGAGGCUGUGGUGUAGCACAGAAACACAGGAGCUGUGAACCUGGACAGUUCAUCAGCAAGAUGGGAACAGCCUCCACAGACACAGACUGCUCUGACUGCAUCAGUGGAACGUUCUCUGAUGGAACAAUGUUGAUCUGUCAGCCACACACACAAUGUGAGAAAGAAAACCUUCAGCUGAUAAAAGCAGGAACAGCUUCAGCUGAUGCUGAAUGUGGAGAAAAAAGCUCAAAUAUCACAGGAAUUGUGAUUGGUGUUAUGUUGCUGGUUUUUUUAGUUAUAGCAGGGAUUGUUUUUGUUCUCUGGAAAUGUCAUAUAAUUACAAUAACAGGCACAAAACAACCAAAGUCCCAGAGGAGGGAAGUAGAUGGAGCAGAAAGUGGUGUUGCUUUAACCUUACCAGUGGAGGAAACCGUCCACUAA